AGUCUCAAAUCCUUCAUUAUUAUACAUCUCUCUCUCUUUUCAUUUCUUGUCAGAGUCUUCAAACCCAUCUCUGUAAAUCUUAUUUUUCUCCUUCAUUUCAAGCACUCAUUUUGAUAAUGUAGUAAAGAAAGCAAUAAUGGGAAGAAGAAGAAGAAGAGAGGAUGAAUCAUCAAAGUCUCUCACCCUCCCUUCCUCUCCCUCUAACUCUUUCUCUUCAUCAUCUUCAUCCGACUUCGAGUUCACAGUCUCUCUCUCUCCUCGGAAAUCCUCUUCCAAUCUCUGCCCUGCAGACGAACUCUUCUACAAGGGUCAACUCUUACCACUUCACCUCUCUCCUCGCCUCUCCAUGGUUCGAACCCUCUUGCUUUCCUCCUCUAGCACUUCUUCUUCCUCCGACACCACCACCACCGCCUCUCGUGACUCCACCGGCAGCUCCAACGAUUCGCACUCCUCCUUCGGCCAUAUCGCCGAGUGCGACUCUUCACGGCCAAGUUCCGUGACAGAAGAAGAUGAAUCGUUCAAGCGACUCAACUACCAGAGCCAAUCACAAGGCAAGAAACCCAAUAAGUACUUCUCCUUGGCUAGAUUCUCCUCUGUUUUCCGCAAGAACAGAGAUCAGGAGAACGUGACGGUGACAGUUCCGGUGCCGCCUACUUCGGGGAAGAGGAUGAGCUCGUCGGCGACGGAUGUGAUUCGUAAGUAUUUAAAGAAGGUAAAGCCUUUAUAUGAGAAGCUUUCACAGAAGCAGAAGAUGACUGCGAUUGUGACUGAGGAAUCCGUUAUCAAAAACAGAGUAACCUCCCCUGUUUCGAACUCAAUGAAGAAGAACACUGGUGUAAAUCAUGUGAUUUCUCAUUCCUUCUCUGGAAAUCUGAGUCUGAGAUACCCACGAAGAAGAAGCUACAUCUCGAGCUGUCCCUCGUCGAUGCGGUCAUCGCCAAGUCAUUCAGGAGUUCUUUGUCGACGUUCUGUGAUCAGUGGGAAUGAUCUUGGGGGAAUGAACUAUUCAGAUUCUUCUUCAAUGGAGGAGUUGCAGAGUGCGAUUCAAGGGGCUAUUGCACAUUGUAAGAAUUCCAUGGCUCAGAACAGAACAUUGGUAAGUAAGGAGAUCUGAAAGCAAAACUAUUUCUAAUCUUGUUUUGAAAAAUUUCUCUCUCUGAUAUUUGGAUCGAUCUUAAUUAUAAUUAUGAAAAACCCAUCUCGAUUUUCACUAACUUUGGCUUUGGCAAUUCAAUUAUAUGAUGUCGAAGUCUGAGCUUUCUGGGUUUAUUGAGUUUUGGGUUUGCUGCGAAGUUAAUUAAUGGAGUAUUAUUUUUUUCGCUA